AGGACCUGAUGGCAGUGAUGGUAGAUGUUAUAAUAAGCCAGUGUCCAACAACUCCCGUCCAACCAGUAACCGGUUACCAGUUAUCUCAGUGUCCAGCAGAGUGGCAUUCUCACAAUGUCCACUGCGGGUACAGCAGGUAUGUAGCAAUUAUGUGGCCAGCACUUCACGUCUUUGGGUUGCAAUUCAAACAAUGUACACACAGGGAUUCUGCGUCAGCCCUGACUCCUUUCUUCCGGAGAUGCAUGAUCGGCAGACAGUCAUGAAACCUCGGAAGGUCGCACACCGAAUUGGCGUGAUCGGACCAUGAUGACGGGCCCCUAUAAAAGCUGGCGCCGGACAGACCAACAAACCAGAGAACAAGGGUGCAAGGAAGGUGCAAGAUCAUUCACUGACGGCUCGCGACGUCUAACCCUCGAGAGAGAGGACAAGAGAAAAGGACCGAAUAGCCGAACGCCUGAAGAUGAAGCUGUGCAAGAUGAUUACCAUGCAUGUCACCGUGCAUGUACAUGUAGCUGUGGCUGUGUUGCUGGUUAGCACGAUGACCGGCUACAGUGCACUCACGGCAGCCAAUGUUGUUCGACCUCCUAUCAUUCUUGUGCCAGGUCUUGCUGGCAGUCAGCUGGAUGGCAAGCAGUCCAAGGACUUUAAAACCAAACACCCCUGUUUCCGCCUCAAGAAUUGGGGUCAAGUAUGGCUUGCCCUCGACCAACUAGCGGGGUCGUUCGCAAAUUGUGCAACAAACAACCUAAGGUUGGACUUCGAUCCAAUGUCCCUCGAGUAUUCCGAGCCGGAAGGCAUGCAAAUUCGCGUGCCGCAUUUCGGCUCGACAGCAUCCGUAGAGUACCUGGACAGGGAUCCUCUGGUGGAGUUGAUCCCAGAGUCACACUAUCUCCAUGCCAUGGUCAACUUCUUCGUGAAGGAACACGGCUACACUCGCGAUGUGGACAUUGUGGCAGCACCAUAUGAUUGGCGCAAGUCACCCUGGGGCAAGGCGGAUACUUAUUUUGACGACGUUCAACAUCUCAUCGAGCAAGUGUCAAACCGGUCUGAGAGCCCCGCCAUCGUCAUCUCGCACAGCAUGGGUGGGCCAGUCAUGCAGGCCUUCUUCAACCAAACAACAUCCGAUUGGAAAGACGAAUAUAUAUCCGCGUGGUUUCCUGUAGAUGGUGUGUGGACAGGCUCACCAAAAGUCGCCAAGGCCAUUAUUUCCGGCGAAAACUUCGGCGUGCCCGCUCCAGAAAACAUCCUCGCUACGAUGGAACGCACUUUGGAGAGUAGCUUCUUCCUCAUGCCUCUUCCUGACCUGUGGCCAGAGAAUGUCGCUAACUUUGUGACGGUGGAGGGGUCAAACAAGACCAUCUAUGGCACAGGGAAUACGGUUCAGCUCCUGGCUGAUAUCGGCGUGCCUUACCCGGACAAGAGGCUUGAUUAUCUGAAUGAAAUGCGAAUGUCUCUGGAAGCGCCUGGCGUUCCGGUUCACUGUGUGUACGGCACUGGAGUGGCUACUGCCUGGCACUACACGUAUAAGGAACUAGAUGGCUCCCCGCCCGCACAUGUAGAGUAUGGUGAUGGAGACGGUACGGUGCCGCUACAUAGUCUCGCUCGCUGUGCAGACUGGGCUGAUCAACAGAGCCAAAAUGUCACGGUGAAGACCUUCUUCAAACUGGAGCAUGUUGCGGCUAUCAAGAGCCAGGCUGUUUUCAAGUACAUCCAGUCGCAGAUUCCCGCCUUGGCAUCCCCAGCUGGCACACCUCUGUCGCCCAUUUCAGCGCAAUCUUUGACUAUUCUCCUGACUUCUCUGCACUGUGGACUGCUGCACGCAUAUGUUAGCCUAUGAUUACUGAUAUCAUGCAUGAACUUAGUAACUACCAUUUCAAUCCCCGUACAUGUACAUGACAUUGUUCUUGUAGUUAGUGGGAGUACUUUGAAGUAGUAAAAUACCGGCAUUUCACUACUUUCUGGUUUCAAGACUCUACGUCCAGCUCAUGUCAUGUAUUCAGGGUGUGCAGGCAUACUGCACAAGAGUCAAGACUGCUUGCCGAAGAGACAUCUCAUGACAACUCGCAACAGCAUCAGACAAUCGGAUUCCACUAACCACCAACAACCACGAGCAGCAUCCGCGACAGCACUAUCAGCAACUGAGCAUCCGCAGCAGCAACAGCAGCAUCCGCAGGUUGUUGGUUUGCACUUUGGAGAAGUGUUGGAGCUAGGUGUCAGGUCGCCGAAUGUCUCAGUACUCCUUGUCAGUUUUGUGCCAAUUUGUCGCACUUGCUGACUGUAUAAGAUCUGGUUACGUUGGUGGACAGUUUGUCAUAACUCGUAACAUUUUGUCCUUUUCCUUUCUUCAAUACUUGUUAACUGCUAUUGUUUUUGCUACUGAGUGAUUGUACUCUAUGGCUGCCAGGCCUGGACCAUCUCACGAGCUAGCCUGAGCCGAAUUAGAGCUUUUUGAGCUUAGGUAUCUGCGUAAGCUGCUUGGCAUCAAAUACUAUCAUCAUCGCACAAAUGAGUCAGUACUGCAGGAAGUCAAGAAUGCUAUUGGCCGUUCACAUGCCUUGAUUCAACAGUUACUGGCAUCACAAUAACUACUCCAACUAUUUAUUGGAUGGAAUGGUGUCUGGAUCAAGACCCCGUGGUCGCCCCUGUCACAAUUGGUUCACCAACAUCAAAGACUCGACCAAUGAAUCUUAUAAUGCUCUACUGAUUAUAGUCUCUAUCCAUGUUAUUGUUGCUCUCUCUUUCUCUCUCUCUCUCUCUCUCUCUCUCUCUCU